GUAUUCCAUCAGUCUGGCGUCAGUAAGAAUGACAGAAUUAUGGCAAACUGAGGGUCUAGGCUGCCAUCAGUAUUGGAUAUGCUGCGAGGUAGGGCGCGUCUGACUUUAUUUAUAGAAGUUUCGCUUUCACGAAGUGCACUGACCCGCCUCAUACAGACCACGUGAAGUAAAGCGACCUUGCGAGGGGAAAGCUACGUAAUCAGCUUCAAACUAUUGCAAUUUCCAUUAAUUUUGAUACGGUCGGUACUACAAAACCCUUUCCAUCUAUAGCGAAGCUAUCGGGCCGGUGUUAUCAGAAAUUGAUAUUGCUAUCAGGGACUUUGCUUCCAUCGGUAUCGUGACAUAACGUGAGCGACUCGUUCUGACGCUUUUCUGACAGUGCGUGUUGCGUGACGUAUGGAGUGGAGUGUGAAAGUAUAUUUUUUUUGGGAUACAGUUAAAAUUUAAAACAAGGGGAUUUCCGUUUGUUUAAUAAUUUACUUGCAACGCAACUAUGUUUACCGUUGGCUAUUGUUCAUUCGUUGCCUACGGUGUGUUAGAUCGUAACUUGAAAGUUUUCUGGUUUUUGGCCAUCAGGACGUGAAUUAGAAACAGGAAAAGGUAUGGGGGGCUUCCUGGGAUCCGCUAUUACCUUUUUGCUGUACUCAGCAAUGGUUUUUGUGGUGAGGCUUGUAGUCUUGUUUGCAACACUUCACGAUGGAUUGAUCUUCGACAAAUUCUUCAGCAGACCUACGCGCACUCAGUACGAUUACAUUAUUGUUGGCGCUGGGACAGCUGGCACGAUUAUUCUUUCGGAGAUGCCAAUAAAUGCUAAUGUGCUUCUGAUUGAGGCGGGGCCUAAAGCCGAUCUAAAUCUCCUUAAUAUACCCAUUCUUUUGCCAACUUUGCAACGCUCCACUCUAGAUUGGUCUUAUCAAACAUCACUGCAACGUGAUGCUUGCCAAGCAAUGGAGGGUCGUAAAUGCCAACUGGCAGCUGGCCGAGGCUUUGGAGGUUCAAACCUCCUGAACAACAUGAUCUACUAUAAAGGAAGCGAGAACGACUAUCGCGGAUGGUUCAAAGAUCCCAGCCUCUAUGACUACGAGAACGAUAUAGCGCCUCUAUUUCGUCAACUGGAGAAUCAACUAGCAGUUUCCGAACUAAAAUUCCGUUCUGAAUUUGGUCGGGCCAUAUCUGAAAUUAAUACAGUUGAUGAGCGGACCGGAAAUGUAUCGUUCUUUACUCCGAAGGUAUUACAGCGGGACGGACUUCGCUGGACGAUGGCUCACCACCUUCGAGCCAAUUUACGAUCAGAAAAACAUGAAAUUUUCUACAAUGCAAAAGCAACCCGUGUUCUCCUCGAGGUGGGGCGACGAUACCGAGUAACUGGAAUCGAAGUAAAAAAGAACAACAAAAUAUUCACAGUGUCGGCGAGAAUGGGCUACAUUCUGACAGCCGGGGCGAUCGGAACUCCUAAAAUACUUCUCCAUUCAGGUAUCGGCAAAUGCCAGGAACUCGUUAAAGUAUCAUUGCCUUGUUAUAUAAAUUUGCGGGGUGUGGGGAAGAAUCUUCAGGAUCACAUUGCCACUGGGGUGGAUCUGAUCACAAUAAAUAAAACCUUAAACCUAUCGCUGAAAGAUGUGCUCCAUCCAAUGAAUGCAGUCGACCUUUUAGCAGGCGAAGGCAGAUCACUAUGGUCAACAGUCGGCUGUGAAGCAUUGGGAUUUUAUAAGCCGCCACAAUUCAAUGGAAGCAGUCAAUCACCUCAAUUAGGUUUUAUGGUAAUACCUAUGGGCGUGUCGUCUGAUGCGGGCGCUUGUAUGCGCAAGAAUAUGAAUAUAGGCCAAAAAGUAUGGGACAGCUACUUCAGCCAUUUACAAGACAGACAUACCGUGUCAAUUCUACCCAUCGUUUUGCAGCCUAAAAGCCGCGGGUUUAUAACCCUCGCAUCAAACAACACCGACGAUCCCCCUAUAAUAAAUCCAAAAUAUUUUUAUAAUCCCCAAGACCUUAGAGUCCUUGUUGAUGGCAUUGGAAUCAUCAAAGAUCAUCUACUAAAGCUUCCGCAACUUAGGAGAUUUGGCGCCCAUAUAACGACCCAUCGCCUACCAGAAUGCGCGGAACACUUCGAUUAUGAUUCCGUUGACUAUUGGGAAUGUUAUGUCAGACAUCUCUCCUUUAGCGUUUAUCACUUAGGAGGAACCUGUCGGAUGGGAGAUCCUAAGAAAUCGGAGACGGUAGUAGAUCGUCAGAACUUUCUAGUCAAAGAAACGGUAAAUUUAUAUGUGGCCGAUGCCUCUGUUAUGCCAAAUUUGCCCAGUGGCAAUUCUAAUGCAGCGGUUGCCCUGAUAGCUAAACAAUUCAUGCGAGUGUUACUUAAAAGGCAUGUCCUUCAAAUGGCAAAAUUGUCGCCAGCACAAAGAAUUUUGUUCAUGGAAGAUCAACAAAAUGUGUAUAAUAAUGAUGAAACAAGACACGAACGAACUGAGCUGUAGAAUUAUAUGAGAUAUAUUUUUUAAAAAGGUUUGUAUUCUUU